GUAUAAAUUAAGGAGAUUGAAGGAAACUGGCAGUGUGGUUAAGUUCUUUUUCCACUGGGCAAAAGCCCUAUAGUUCAUUUUUGCUCACCCCCCACUGAUUUGGCUGAACAGCGAACAAGGGCGAAUGUCGAUUAACGACGACAAAAUGAAGGAGUCGUUGAUGUUCAAUCAAGGCGGUCAAUCUGAAUCCUAUCCUUUUGCAAGGGACACGAUGCAAAAUGGAACUGCCGAGGCAGUUGUCUACAAUUCCAAGGUUGUUAACAUUAUGCAAGAAGUGUGCACAAGUUGUAUCAUUUCAUCUUGCUGGAAAUUUAAAAGUACCAGCCAUAUACUGCAGAAACUUGAGGAUGCUGUGCAUCAGAUGGGUGUAAAAAUUAAGCAUCAUGAAGAGAACAUCAAGUUCCUAAAAGCUCAGAAGAACGGAUUGGAUAAUUCAAUCUUAGAUAUGCAAGUCGCUCUUGGCAAUUAUGAGGCAGCAAGCAAAUCUGGUUCUGAAAAUGAGGAACUUUCUCAUUUACAGAGUGAGGAGGAGACAAUUGAACAUAUGUUAAAACAUGGGAAAUCUGCAGCUGGCAUCUGGUACCAGCUAAAAAGUCAAUAUGGAACACAAGCUUCUCAUCUUCCUUUGAUGAAGGAUGUUCUGGGAAUUGUUGCUAUGCUUGGGAAAGUUGAUGAUGAUAAUCUUAGCAGGCUCCUCUCAGAUUACUUGGGACUUGAGACUAUGCUAGCAAUUGUUUGCAAGACGUAUGAUGGUGUUAAAGCAUUGGAGACGUACGACAAGGAAGGUCAUAUAAACAAAACUUCGGGUCUUCAUGGACUUGGAGCUUCUAUUGGAAGGCCUUUGGAUGGCCGAUUUCUUGUUAUCUGUCUUGAAAAAUUAAGACCAUAUGCCGGUGAGAUCAUAGCUGAUGACCCUCAAAGGAGGCUUAAUAUUUUGAAGCCAAGAUUACCCAAUGGGGAAUCUCCACCUGGUUUUCUCGGUUUUGCUGUGAAUAUGGUCAACAUAGACAGUGUGAACUUAUAUUGUGCUACAAGCGCUGGUUACGGUCUAAGAGAGACUCUCUUCUAUAACCUGUUUUCACGAUUGCACGUAUACAAAACAAGAGAAGAUAUGCUACAGGCUCUCCCUUGUAUUAGAGAUGGAGCCAUAUCUUUGGAUGGUGGGAAGAUAAAUCAUAUCGGUGUGUUUUCCGGCAAGAGUGAAAUAGAUGUGAAAUUCCCAAAGAGCUCUGGAAGGUCAAAUCUACCGCAGAACUACUUCGAAAUUAAAAGAGAGAUGAAAGAGAUGAAGUGGAAAAAAGAAAGAACUGUAGAAGAUAUGCAGAGAGAACAAGCUUUGCUAGACCAUGCAAGGUUCAACUUUGAUAUAAAGAAGCAAGAGUAUUUGAAGUUUCUUGCACAAAGCUCAUCCUACGCAACACAGCACAGCUUCAGGCAGGAGGGGAGCGCUUGACCCGAUAGCAUGAUUGAUGGAAAAUCUAAGAGCAUUUUCGGUGUUGGACAAGAAGAAGCUUUAUCAGUAAAUCAAUCCUGCGCCAAUUCAGUCUGAAAAGUUGCCUUCAAUAGAAUAGUCUUACGAAUUCCUGAUUCUCGUCUAGCUCAAUUUCAUGCAUGUAACAAACCUAGAUACAUGGUCUUAUAACCUGUCCCAAGAUUAUAGAAUGUGUCGUUGACUGUACAUCGUCUUGUGGUAGAAUUGCAAUUUCCAGUUACUACCAAAGCUGGGAAUGGAUUGUGAUCCAACAAAGAAAAUUUUCCAGUAAA